AUGUCGUUUUUACGAAACCCCGCAGCUCUCUUUGCUCUAAACCUCACUACUUUGGUAGGUGUUGUGGGAAGCACCUACAACUUAAGAUCGCAUAUGGUGGAGCUCUCGGAGGACCAUGAAGCAAGAAUGGAUGAGUUGGAGGGUACCUUGAGAGGACAUAUUGGACUUAUCGAAGAUGCUCUUGAUAGAUUAGAAGGGAAGCCAAAUGGAAACAAGAUGGAAGAAUAUUAUGGGAAAAGAGCUAGGGAUGAGAAGAAAACUUGA